UAGGUUACGCUAAUGAAAUACAUUUUUGUUUUAUUAUUAACAUGGUUAUUAACUGGAAAAGCUUCAUCCAAAAACUAAAUACACACAUCACUUUCCCUAAAACCUGCCCUUUUCAACUUUUCCGCUUUUAAUCAAAGUGGCGGCGUUAUCGGCGAGUAAUCGACUUUGAAAUUCACUUUCAAGCGCUGCCCCGGCAACCAGGGGCUCCAAAACAAAGAACCAUGCGCUUUCGCCCCCCAAUCCCCGACUCCCGCCCAACAGAUGGCUUCUUUCCGGCAGCCAAGUUGACUUUCACUUGAAAUUAGCCAAGAAAUGUCCCACAAGAGAUUCUACGUAAAGUUAGACCUGCAGCUCCAUGCGCUCACUUGUCCUGGCGUUUGGCUGUGCUCACACGGAUAUUUGGAGGCCACCAUCAAGACCUUGGGCUACUACUUUCGAACUGGACCCAUGGAGCCGCGGUUUCCGAUGCUGUGCCACGAUCAGUUUACGAUGGAGGGAUACUUUAAGAGCGUGGGCUGCCUGGAGGACAUGCACGAGCUACUAAAAGCUGAGCAGCUGGAGAUAACCGUGUGGCAGAAUGGCCGAAGGUUGGCCUACUUCGUGGGCAGUCUCUCGGAUGUAAUGCAGCCCACGUUUCCGCGACUGAGCUGUGCCCACAGCUCCAAUGUUCAGCUGCUGAUGAAGGCGACGCCUGCUUUUCCGGGAAUCCUGGCGCCCAAGGUGGAACUAUCUGCGCAACUGACCACGCAGGAUCGAAAAAAGGUGUGCAGCUGCUCCAGUUCCCGGGAGUACUCUGUGCCUCCCGUCAGUCGCCACGUCGAGAGCCGCUGCUUGGGCCAUUUGGGCAAUUGUUAUCCAAGUGCCCGUUACGCUGCUGGGAGAGGUGGCUCUUCUGCCCAACAGAACCAGCAGGAACGACGAUUGUCCUCCUGCUCCAGCACAACUCAGUUAAGUAGCUUUAGCCAGAGCUCCUCCCUGACGCAGUGCAGCCAUUUGUCCAGCUGUAGUACCCCUUUGGAUGAUCACCACAACAGCUGCGAUAUAUGCCAGGCCUAUAGGCGCAUGUUUCCUUCUUACUGA